AUGGCGGACCCGCUGUACGAGCUGCUAAUCCCCUACUUCGACGCCCACGAUGCGCAUUCACGGCCCACGCUCACCGACGCUGUCACGUCGGCGUACCUCUCCCGCCUGACCACGCUGCCGCUCGCCGCGCUCACCUCCUCGGAGCAACAAUCGCUCUCGCAGAGCUCGCAGUCAAUCCUCCGCUCGCUCCAGGCCCUCUCCAAACGCUCGCACAGGUCCAUAAUAUCCUCGUCCGACCACCUCUCCCGCCUCCGCCAUGUCCUUCCAACGAUCGGACAGGAUGCAGGGACGGUUCAGACAGAGCUUCCGAAGCUGGAGACAGCAGCACAUAAUUUUUCGCAGAAGUACAGCAAGAGCGCGGAGAAUCCCAUCUUAGACAGGCGGAGAAAGGCGAUGCUGCUGGCUAGGAAUAUUGACCGGGUAUCUGAUGUGCUGGACCUGCCCACGCUGCUCUCCUCCGCCAUUUCCUCCUCUACAGUUCCGACUCAGGCCUCCGCUGCAAGUACUUCUACCACAAAUGCGAAUUAUGCUUCGGCCCUCGACCUGCAUGCGCAUAUCAAGCGUCUAUAUACUCUCUACCCGAACUCGCAUCUCAUAUCGACCCUUUCUUCGCAAGCGGAACAUGAAAUGAAGGCCAUGACCUCGAACUUGAUCGCGUCUCUCCAGUCGCACGGCAUCAAGCUAGCAGGUGCCAUGCGCACGAUCGGCUGGCUGCGCCGUGUAGCCCCCGAGCUGGACGAAUCAUGGUCGACACGACAAACCAACAUUGGUAGCGGAGAAGGCAGUCUGGGCGCCCUAUUCCUAGUCUGCCGUCUAGCAUGUCUGGAGUCCAUGCUCUCCGCCCUCGAUCCCUUGCGAGAGCUCGCAGACCAAGAAACAGAAAAGCGUGUGAACGGGAAGGCAAAGGGAGACGCAGGAUGGGCAGUCGGCCAGCAGACCGAGAAGUACUUGAAGAAGUAUCUCGAAGUCUUCCGCGAGCAAAGCUUCGCCAUCAUAUCCAUGUACAAGUCCAUCUUCCCCUCCGCGCUGCCCGCGCCAGGCUCCGACGAAGCAUCAGCACCUGCGGUGAAGCCAGCCACCAAGGGCGCCAAUCCCCUUCAACCCAUACCCUCCGCCCUCGCCACUUUCCCGCUUCAUCUCGUCGAGAUGCUCUUCGACACUCUUCGGGCAUACCUUCCAAACGUGCAAGAUCGGUCCUCGCGGGAUUCGCUGCUCACACAGGUGCUGUACUGUGCAGGCUCGCUGGGGCGAUUAGGCGGCGACUUCAGCAUGAUGAUUGCGCUUUUGGAAGAGGAUUUGCGGGCAGCAAUGGAAGAGGAAGAAGAGGUCGAGGAGAACGAGGCAGAGGAAGAAUGGGUCGACGUCAUGAAGAAGCACCGUGUGCAGGCUAGUCGGCUAGAGUUGCUGGCCUCUGGCGUGGGAACAGGACGCACGACCAGCCCUGUGGAUAGAAUCAUUAGUCCAGGCCAUUGA